AUGAGCAACACCGAGUGGCAUGUCGAGUGUAAUCUGGACGACACAAAUUGCUUAAAGUCACAUCCAGAUCAGUUUUAUCCAAGUCAUUGGAAACGAGGCUCAGCCAGAGCAUUAUACAAACGCAACGCUUGUCUUUGUGCAUGGCAAGAGCUAAAAUCACUGAAUGAUUUUCUUUCAAAACGUUGCAUCGCGCUUGAAGCAAUUUCUAGCAAAUCCUUAAUCAAUCAAUCUGCAAAAUCAAAAAAUUCUUCGGUUUCUAAUCUCGCGACUUCCAAUUUAUCUUGUCCUAAAUGUAAGGAAAAUCAUCCGGUUUACUAUUGUGAAACGUUUCUCAAAUUACCAGUAGAAAGCAGAAUCGCCUUUGCAAAGAAGGUUUAUUUAUGUCUAAACUGUUUGAGAUCUAAUUCUCACCAAGCUAAAAAUUGCACUUCAAGUUCUUGUCGCAAAUGUAAAGGUCAACACAAUACACUUUUACAUUUGUCAAAGUCAGCAGACGCUAACGAGUCGUCUAAUGCGAAAGCAGCUGUGACUUCCGAUACAGAAACUUCUGCGAAGCCAGGUGCAACACAAUGUUUAUCUACUUAUCAAUCUCUAGGAAUUAUAUUAUCAACAGCUAUUAUUCAUGUAUUUGACUGUAAUAAUCACAUCCAUUCGUGUCGUGUAUUGUUAGAUAGCGGAUCACAAAUGAAUUUCAUUACGCAGAGUCUUGCCGACAAAUUGUGCCUCAAUAAAAAGCAAAUAGAGAUAUCUAUUUCAGGUGUAACUAAUGCUAACAUUCGAGCCAAUCGAGCGACAGUCGUUCAUAUAAAAUCGCGGUUCAACAAUUUUAGCGAGAGGAUAGAAUGCGUUGUUUUGCCAAAAAUUACUCAACAAUUGCCUCAAAAAUUCAUUUCCAAGCAGAAUAUAACUAUACCAAAUAAUUUAAAGUUGGCCGAUCCUGAUACUAUGAUUUCUGAAAACAAUAAUUUGACUGAUGUCGAAAAAUUUCAAUAUUUGCGUUCAUCAUUAUCAGGCGAGGCAGCUGAUUCAGUUGAGUCAUUGGAUUUAACAGGAGAGAAUUUUAUAGUCGCAUGGCGCAUUUUAUCAGAGCGUUACGACAGAAUUCGUGUCAUUGUCCAGUCUCACAUUCAAGCAAUUCUUGACAUUCCGUGCAUUAAAAAGGAGAGUCAUUCAGAACUCAAUUCAUUGAUCAAUAUUACAAUAAAGCAUGUGAAUGCCUUAAAGUCACUCAAGCGUCCAGUUGACAAUUGGGAUGAUAUUCUUAUUCAAAUUCUAGGUAAUAAACUUGACUCCAAGACAUAUCGUGAUUGGGAGGAUACAUUACAUUCAGAUCAACUACCAACAGUCGAUCAAUUUAUACAAUUUAUAUUGAAAAAGUGUAAUACACUUGAAUCAAUUAGCAGCAAGGAGAAUACCUCCACAAAUAGUAAGGCGAAUCAAGGAGGUUCUCCCUUUUUAAAAUUACCAGUGUCUCGUAGAAUAGAGGAAAUAAAGAAACGAAAACUGUGCAUAAAUUGUCUUAAAUCCAAGAAUCAUAUAGCCGCACAGUGUAUAUCUGGUACAUACAAGCAGGGCAAUUCAAAGUCUGUUGCAACAAAUGGAUCGUCUCCUAGUCAGCCUGUUGUUUCUGAAGCAGUUAAUUCUCAAACAAUAGUUACUCAUUACAUGAGCAAUUGCGAUGACAGAUAUGCUAUGUUAUCAACUGCAAUAGUCAAUACAUUUGAUAUUGCAGGAAAUAAGGUACUCUGUAGGGUGUUAUUGGAUAAUGGUUCACAGGCUAAUUUAAUCACACGAGAAUUCUUAUCCAAGUUAAAUGUAACAACUAAACCACAUCAGGUUUCCAUUGUUGGAAUAAAUCAGUUAGUCAGUAGUGCAAACGAGAUGGCUACUAUCACAAUUCAGUCACGCAUAAAUAAUUUUCAGUUAACCAUAGAUUGCAUAGUUACCGAUAGAAUUACUGGAUCGAUUCCAAUGAUACAUAUCAACAAACGCGCGAUAAAUAUUCCCAAAAAUAUCAAACUGGCGGAUCCACAAUUCAAUGUACCAUCGGAAGUUCAACUGUUGCUAGGUGUUGAUGUCUUUUGGCAGCUAUUGUGCGUUGGUCAAAUUAAGUCGUCUUCGAACAAUCCCACAUUACAAAAAACACAUUUUGGAUGGAUUUUAGCAGGAUCUAUUAACAAUAAAUGCUUAAAGAUUAACAGCCAUAGGGGCACUAACAGCCAUAGGGGCACGAUAACCAGUUGUUUGGUUUCUAUCGAUCCUUCCAACAAACAUUUUUUAAAAACGGUUACAAGAGAUUCUAAAGGUAGAUUUAUUGUUACUUUACCGAUUAAGUCCCCACAUCUUCAAAAACUCGGUGAAUCUCGAAACAUAGCUUUGCGCAGAUUAUACAAUUUAGAGAAACGUUUCAAACAUAACGAUCAAUUAAAGGUUGACUAUACAAAGUUCCUACAAGAAUACUUAAAACUAGGACACAUGCAGUUAGCAGACGAGUCAAAUCUCAAUGAUAAUACAGUGCGAUUUUAUCUACCACAUCAUUGUGUAGUUAAGCAAACCAGCACUACAACCAAGCUCAGGGUGGUAUUUGAUGGAUCGUGCAAAUCUAGUACUGAUGUAGUAAAAAUGUACAGACAGAUCCUUGUCAAUCAGUCACAAUUAUCAUUGCAGUCUAUACUGUGGCGGGAUCAUGAUGCUGAAUCGGUUCGUACAUAUGAAUUGAAAACUGUCACAUAUGGCACUGCAUCAGCUCCUUAUUUAGCGACCAGAUGUCUAAAGUAUUUAGCUGAGAUAUAUCACAAUGAAUUUUCAGUAGGUGCAGAAGCGAUCAUUAAUGAUGUUUACGUGGAUGACUUGUUGACUGGUGCGCAAUCGUUGCCUGAAGCAAAGUUGAAACGUGAUCAAAUCAUAACCAUUAUGUCAAAGGGUGGUUUUGCAUUGGAUAAAUGGUUUGCUAAUAACGAGAAUCUAUUAGAGGGACUCCUGGUUACAGGUGGUCAGGAAAAUAUUCAUUUAGCCGAAUCUUCUACGACUCGCAUACUUGGAAUGCAAUGGAAUCCACAUGAGGAUUCAUUUUGUUAUACAGUUAACAUAGAAUACAUGCAUUCGAAUAUUACAAAGAGGAUUAUGCUGGCAGAGACUUCGUGCUUAUUUGAUCCUUUAGGAUUAAUCGGUCCAAUUAUCCUCGUUGCUAAGUUGAUGAUACAAGAAUUGUGGAGAUUGCAAUUAGAUUGGGAUGAGUCAGUUCCGGCAAAUAUACAUUCGCGUUGGUUAGAUUACAAGACACAAAUAUCUAAAUUAAUUGAAUUACGUAUUCCAAGAUUGGUUGGUCCGACUAUUGAAACGCUAGAAGUACAAUUUCAUGGAUUUGCUGACGCCAGUCAGUAUGCUUACGGAGCUUGCUGUUAUUUAAGGAUACGUGAUUCACAAAACUAUUGUCGCACACAAUUAUUAGCAUCUAAGUCGCGAGUUGCACCAGCAAAGGCAAUUUCAUUACCGCGUUUAGAAUUGUGUGCAGCGCUACUUUUAGCUCAGUUACAAGAGAGUUUGCUUAAGGCAAUUAAAUUUCAACCACAUCAGAUAUAUCUUUGGACUGAUUCUACCAUUGCAUUAUCAUGGAUCAGAUCGAGUUCACGCAAAUUUGCAACAUUUGUAUCUAAUCGUAUUGGAGAAAUUCAAAGAUUAACUAAAAUCAGUGAUUGGCAUCAUAUUUCCACAAAACAUAACCCCGCAGACAUCAUUUCUCGCGGGGCAAGCCCUUCGGAAUUAAUGAAAUCAAGGAUGUGGUGGAAUGGCCCAGAAUGGUUAGUUUGGGAUGAAAAGGAUUGGCCUGAUAACCAUCCACGAUACCCAGAAACUUUACCAGAUCAAGUAAGAGUCAACAUAUAUGUUGUAAGACAAACAUCAGAUGUCGUUGAGAAUCUGAUUGUUAGAUAUUCUAGUUUUGACAAAUUAAUUAGAGUUUUAGCAUAUACAUUGCAAUUCAUUCACAACUGUAAAAAUCCGUUAGAGAAACGUAUUGGUAUUACUACAUUACAAGAUCGCGAGCGUGCAUUACAGGUGUUGCUUAGUUACGUGCAGCAUCAAUAUUUCGGUUCAGAAAUACAUGAAUUAAAGCGUGUAGGAGUGAUACCUAAAACAAGUAAGAUAUUAUCUCUUAAUCCGUUUCUGGAUCAGAAUGGAUUACUGCGAGUAGGUGGUCGCUUAAAACAUUCUGACAUAUCUUACGAAGCUAAACAUCCAAUUUUGUUACCCAAAGACCAUACGAUUACGAAACUCAUCAUACGUGAUGAGCAUAUUAAGAAUCUGCAUGCAGGAGUUCAAUUAACAUUAUAUGCAGUCCGCAGCAAAUUUUGGCCAAUUUCAGCCAAAGUAACUACUCGCAACGUUAUAAAAAAUUGUAUAACAUGCUUCAAAUGUAAACCUAGUACCUCACAGGUUAUCAUGAGUGAUCUUCCGAAUACUCGAGUAACUCCGUCACAUCCUUUCACACAUACUGGCUUAGACUUCGGCGGUCCAUUUGUUGUGAGGGAACAUAAGCGUCGUAAUGCAAGGCUACUUAAGGUAUAUAUAUGCAUUUUCAUAUGCUUUUCCACCAAGGCAGUGCACAUAGAAUUGGUGGCUGACUUAUCAUCAGAGGCUUUCCUAGCUUCAUUUAAACGAUUCAUGGCGCGAAGAGGCAGGGUCGCAUGCCUGUAUUCGGACAAUGGGACGAAUUUUGUGGGAGCAGCUAGAGAACUUAACGACUUGCAUGAGAUGUUUGCGAAGGAACAAGUACAGCGAAAAUUAAAUGACUUCUUUGUAGAAGCACAAAUUCAGUGGCAAAACAUACCUCCUAAUGCUCCGCACUUUGGAGGUCUUUGGGAGGCAGCUAUCAAGUCUGCCAAGUAUCAUAUGAAAAGAAUUAUAGGCAAUGCUUCUCUUAAUUAUGACGAAAUGUCAACAGCAAUCACUGAGAUUGAGGCUAUUUUAAAUUCACGUCCUGUAAGUCCAAUGUCAAACAAUCCAAAUGAUGUUCAAGCGUUAACACCUGGACAUUUUUUUAUUGUUAAACCAUUAAAUAGUGUGGCGGCCCUUCCGCCACAAUAUCAGUAG